AUAAAUAUAUUUCAUAGUUACAUAAAAGCAUUUGUGUCAUUGUGACAUGCUGCUUUAACAAUUUGUUUGUUUCGAUCAUUAGCCAAUCAAUAGCUAGCUCUCGCGUGAUCUGUGGUUUUCCACUAUUCUAUUUUCAUAAUCCAAUAAACAUUAGGCAUUGCCAUUAUUCUCGUAGAUCUUUUAACGCUUACACACAAUAGUUUUGAUAAUUGAUUAAAAUAAAUACAUGUUUAUUUGGAGGAUUUUGCAUUAUCGGUUUAUACCAUCGUUAACCCUAUGAUUCAUCUAAUACAGCAGCAAGAGGUUUCUGAUACAGAACUCGCCGACAGAGAUAAAGGAUGGCAAUGAGCACGGAAGAUACAACAAAGGGGCAUAAAUUUUAUCUUAAACACCUCUUACUGUUGGGACAAGCUGCGCCCGUGGCUUUGAAUGCGGUUAUAAAAAGAGAAGUCAGUAAAUGCGGAGAAAAUCUUGUCCAGCUCAUACUAAAGAAGAAAGAUACUUUCAGAAAUUUUGAAAGCGCAGUGUGUCUUCAAUUGUUUAAAGAUGAUGAAGUUAAUUCAAAUAUUGAUUCGUGGGACACACGCAUGCUUUGUGUUGUAACAUUGGUCUUAUUCAAGUCCAGUCUAAAAGAGGCAGAGCUUAAUGCAGUCACAUGCGUACGUGACCAGAGAAAAGACUUGGAUAGCUAUGCUCAAUCUGCUUCACUAAGCUACAAAGCAUUCGAGACAAAAUGGGGUCCGUUACAAUACGCCGUGCUUGAGCUUAUCAAAGAUAUUCACGACGAGGCAAAAUUUGAAUGCACGCGAAUGAUUCAUUCGUUUAAUUCAGAAUCUAUCAGUGUUAACAUGGAACUAAUAAACAAAAUGAAACAGACGAGUGAUGUCAACUUGCAUGUUCAAAUGGCUAUACAAGACAAAGUCGUCCCAAAGAUACAACGAGAAGAAGAUACUUGUGAUCAAAACGAGAGGGCAGAACAUCAUAAUGAGAAUCCAGUAUUCAUAGAAAGGCUUCAAGACACGUUUGUUUAUGUCAAUGAACCAACUGUUCUCACAUGUAAGCUAAACGUUCCGGAGGCAGAGGUCGAAUGGCGACAAGAUUACAAGCUGAUAGAAGAAACAGAUACCUUAAAGACCGUUGCUGAUAGAUGUAGCCACUGGUUAGCAAUUUCUCAUGCAAAAUUGACGGAUACAGGACAGUAUGCUUGCAUAGGUGGACAAUGUUCCACAACGGCUUCCCUCAAAGUUUCAGGUAGACCUUUGAUGAUAACUGAAGAGUUACAUGUAGCAACAGUAGACUCAGAUGUAAGAGAGAAUAUGGAUAUAGUAAUGAUGUGUUCAGUCAAUCUACAUACGAAUAAAGCCGUCUGGCGACAUGAUCGCAUAGAAGUUAAACAUAAUAAUAGAUGUCAUCUCACGGUGCAGGACCGAGAACACAAACUGACAAUCCGGAAUGCAAAGUUUGAGGAUGAGGGUGAUUACACCCUUGACUUUGGUGAGGCCAUAUCAAGUACAAAAUUGACAAUUAAAGGCAACCUUGAUAUUUUACACAAAAAGCAACUGACAGAAGACCUAUUUAAAAACUGGAUCAGAGGUGCACUUGGUCUAAAAUACUUGAAAUUUGGUCUAGAGGAGUUUGCAAAUAAUUCCGUAAAAUCUCAUCACACUGAAAUUAUGGAGCGAAAUCGACAUACUGGGAAGGUAUGUACAGAAUGUACAGCAGAUGUUCUCCUUCCGUCACACAAACAGGAACAUUGUCCAAAGAAAGCAAAGUGCCUGUGUUUUAAGCAGCCGUUUAAGAGGAAACAUUGUCCAAAUGGAGGUUUUUGCAGUACGUUUUACGAUCAUAUUCAACGGGAUCACCUACUCUUUGAUCCGUCGCUGGCGAACACAGAUGUACAAAACUGGGGUAGAGAUCCAUGGAGUGUUGCUACAUGCUAUAUAAGUACUACUGGCUACCAAGGCAGAAUGACAGCGAAAGAGGUCGACUGUUCGGGACUACUGAGUUUAUUCAUCAACAACAGAUUUAUCAAUAGAAGCCUAGGUGACGUAGGAAUAAAUGGCGAAACAGAUCUGUUUAAACAGGCGAAGGAUGCACGCAAUGAUAUUCUUCACAGUGCAAACUAUGAGUUGUCUGAAGGUCAAUUGCAUGAUUAUAUAGACCUGUUCAAAAGCGUACUGGAGAUCAAAAAUGUGAAAGGUGGGACCCCACUCUCAGGACAGCCAGGUGUUCAAGUGGCCAUUAAUAACCUGAUAAAGUUGCGAAAUGACCAGAUCGAUAUACGCAUAUCUCAAGACUUUCAUAAAGAGGUUAGGGAUCUAAAAGAACAUGCUAUGAAUGAAUUAGCGAAGAAGGUAGACGAAGCCGAAAAGCAGAAUCAUCUUAAACUUCAGCACUUAGAAGAGAAAUUGAAAAAGACAGAGGAAGACCUUCAGUUGAUACGUGCUCUCAGGUCGACACAGACGAAAACUAAAGAGUCAAUACUAGCUAAUGCACCAUUCGAACUGGAAUUACAUAUACAAGUUAUUGAAACAAAUGGAAAGGCAAGCACCAAAGGGAAUCAACGUAUAUACAAAAGCAUAAAGGAUUACGUUGACAGUCAAAGUACCAAAACAUAUGGAGCGUCUAUCAACAUUACUGAUCAAUCUGUUCAUCGCCUCCUUGAUUCCAUUAUUACAUGUAAAGACAGUAAGAUCGUUGAUGUGUUGGAAACAGACACGUAUCCUUACAUUAAAAUCCACUGUCUUACUUGUGAGGCUAUUGAAGAGUUUCUGAAGUUAAUCAAUGGGCACACAUUCCAGAAAGAAACAAUUGUAUUACGAAAAUGCCUAGAAAUGCAAGAACAUAUAAAGGCUUUUGAUCUAAUAACAAGCUGUUCUCCAGAAAGUAUAGAAAACGCCAGAAAACAUCUAUACGACCGUGGUCCACCCUGUGACUUCCCUUGUGGAAUACAUCAAGGUACUCAGUGUACAUGGUAUUGUUCUGACCAUGACAUAUUUUGCUGCGCAGCUUGUAAGGAUUCAUAUCAUAGAACAUGUGUUGGAAUGAAACAGGUCAUAUCAGAUAGAACAUAUGGGAAACAGAAACAAAGUCCUGUCGCAAAGCAUAAAAUAAUGAGUUACAACGUGCAGAUAACAGAUCGUUCUAAAAAAUGCGACAAUGAUGUGUAUGAAUGUAGUAUAACCUGUGUCUGUAUGGCAUCUUAUGGUAACAUUCUUCUUGCUGAUCAUGCUAAUAACAAACUGAAGCGACUAGAUAGUUUGUACAAUUUAGUCAGUGUUUGUACACUUGGUGGACGUGAUCCCUAUGACGUGUGUUAUAUAGGUGAUGAUAGAGCUGUUAUCAGUAUAUCGCCAAAUUUGAUUCAGUUUGUGAAUGUAUCGGGUGACAUCAAGCUUGAGCAAGUAGUAGAGCUGGAACACCCAUGUAACUCUUUGGCUUUUCAUGGUGAUACACUCUAUGUCAGAGGUAUGGAAUCAUUAUAUACCUAUAACAGACAAUGUCAACAGAAACAAACUCUCUAUAGUGCACACGCUUUAAAAACGUAUCCCUAUUUUCGUGGUAUUGCUGUCAGUGACGAUAACGAGAGGAUAUACAUUGCAGCAGGUACAGACGGUCUUAUAACAAUUGAUAACAAAGGAAAUCUUCUGAACACUUUGUCGAGCGCAGCAUUUAAGGAUUCCAUGGAUGUCUGUGUUAUCGGUGAUGGUACUGUCCUUGUAACGGACGAAACAAGCGGUUGUGUGUAUCAGGUCGAUUAUAAUGGUGAAAAAAUUCUUGGAACAGUUGUUACUCGAUCAGAUGGUAUUGAUAAGCCUGCAUCAUUGUGCUUUGAUAGACGAAAUAAUACACUGAUCGCUGCGUUUCUCUAUGGAAACGAUGUUACAGUCGUUCAACUAAAGUAACACAGCUGUGGUACUAAAAUGCCCCGUUCCCAGACAGACAUUUUCUGAUAGUUCUUUCCAUUGAAUUUUAUGAAUUAAAAAACUUUCACUGUU